CCUUUUCUCUCUCAUCUCUUCUCUCUUCUCUGAGUACUGUAUGUGAACGUGCAAUUAACGGCAUAAAAGUCUAAGAAUGUAAACAACGUUGAUUUAUAUAUGCAGAGAUAGCUAAUAAUCGGUCUUGUGAAUUAAUAGGCCCUUUUCAAAUAUUAGGUUUCAUCUAAUUUGAGAAGAAUGAAGAUAUUUUCAGCUCCAGUUGAAGAAGGAAAGAAAGGCCAAGAUGGGAAACCAUCAGUUGGUCCAGUGUAUCGCAAUUUACUCUCCAAACACAACUUUCCUCUACCUGAUCCCGAUAUAAGUACAGCUUGGGAUGUUUUCAGUUUAUCUGUAGACAAGAAUCCUGGAAAUAGGAUGCUUGGAUGGCGUGAGUUUGUGGAUGGGAAGCACGGGCCUUAUGUCUGGAAAACGUACAAGCAAGUUUUUGAUGAAGUUCUGUGUAUUGGCUCUGCAUUACGAGCGUCUGGUGCUGAACCUGGCUCCAGGGUUGGGAUUUAUGGAUCAAACUGCCCUCAGUGGGUUACAGCUAUGGAGGCUUGCAAUGCCCACAGGUUGAUUUGUGUGCCUCUUUAUGAUACCCUCGGGCCAGGGGCUGUCAAUUUUAUUUUAGAUCAUGCAGAAGUUGAUUUUGUUUUCGUCCAGGAUAAGAAAGUGAAAGAACUACUAAAUCCUGAUUGUAGUCAUGCUCAACGGCUGAAAACUUUGGUGUGCUUUACUUCCAUGGAAGAGGAGGAGGAGAAAACAGCAGCUGGCAUUGGGAUAAAACCGUACUCAUGGAAUGAGUUCCUCCGUAUGGGAAAAGAAAACCCCUCAGAUAUUAUUCCACCUCAGGCUUUCCACAUAUGCACAAUUAUGUACACAAGUGGCACAAGUGGAGAUCCUAAAGGUGUUGCGUUGACACAUGAAAACAUUGCAUAUUUUGUAAGAGGGAUGGAUCUUUUUAUGGAACAAUUUGAAGACAAGAUGACAGAAGCUGAUGUGUAUCUUUCUUUCCUGCCCCUGGCUCAUAUCAUUGACCGUGUGAUUGAAGAGUAUUUUUUUCGUAAGGGUGCUUCUGUUGGCUACUAUCAUGGGGAUCUUAAAGCAAUCAGGGAUGAUUUGAUGGAGCUGAAGCCAACAUGUUUUGCUGGAGUGCCUCGAGUUUUUGAUAGAGUGCAUGAAGGUAUUCUACAAGCAUUACAAGAACUCAGACCAAUUCGGAGAAUGAUUUUUAAUUUGCUAUACAGAUACAAGCUUGCUUGGAUGAAUUUAGGGUUUAAACAGAAGAAUGCUGCACCGUUAGCAGAUCUAUUGGCAUUCAGGAAGGUCAAAGCCAGAUUAGGUGGUCGGAUUAGACUAAUAAUUUCUGGAGGUGCACCCUUGAGCUCUGAGGUGGAAGAAUUCUUGAGGGUUACUUGCUGUUGUUUUGUAGUCACGGGCUAUGGGAUGACAGAAACUUGUGGACCAACUACUUUGGGCUUCCCUGACGAGAUGAGCAUGGUUGGUGCUGCUGGUACUGUUGGUGUGUACAAUGAGCUUAGGCUGGAGGAGGUUCCAGAGAUGGGCUACAAUCCACUUGAGGAGCCAUCACGUGGGGAGAUAUGUGUGAGAGGGAAGACUGUCUUCGCUGGAUACCACAAAAAUCCUGAAUUAACAGCAGAGUCCUUUAAAGAUGGCUGGUUUCAUACAGGGGACAUAGGGGAGCUACUUCCAAAUGGAGUUGUUAAGAUUAUUGAUAGGAAGAAGAACCUUAUAAAGCUUUCCCAAGGAGAGUAUGUUGCACUGGAGUAUUUGGAAAAUGUUUUUGGUGUCAACCCAAUUGUUGAAGAUAUCUGGGUCUAUGGGAACAGCUAUAAGUCAAUGUUGGUUGCAGUAGUUGUACCACAUGAAGAAAACACCAAAAAAUGGGCAUAUUCAAAUGGUCACAUGGGUUCAUUCUCUGAACUUUGUUACCUUGACCAGUUAAAGAAUUAUGUGCUCUCUGAGCUGAAGUCUGCUGCUGAGAGAAACAAGCUGAGAGGUUUUGAAUAUAUCAAAGGAGUCAUUCUAGACCACCAGCCCUUUGAUAUGGAAAGAGAUUUGGUAACUGCAACAUUGAAGAAGAAGAGAAAUAAGUUGCUUGAAUUGUAUAAGGUUCAAAUCGAUGAACUCUACCGGAACUUGGCCGGAGGAAAAUCAUAAAUGUUUUCAGUUGAUAAUAUGAUCAGUUGAGUGGAGCAUCCAGUGUAUUGCCUGCCUUUCUUCCCUACCCCCAAAUUACCUGCAAAACAGUACUUUUCUUGUUGGUGUAAUUUAUCUGGUGUGAAUGUGAGAAACUAUGUUAUAUA